AUGCCUCCCCUCAUUACUUCUUUCUGUCUUUGUUUUUUUAUCUACCUGGCUUCCGCUGCUACCAUCAAGUAUGAUUGGCAUGUGAGUUGGAUCACUGCCAAUCCUGAUGCAUUGCAGCCACGUCCUGUUAUUGCGAUUAAUGGAAAGUGGCCUUCUCCUGUCCUCAGAGGCCAUUCCCCGAGCCAAUAUGUCGAUGGCCUUCGUGGUCCUCUCAUAGUUAGCGACCCCUGUUCUCCCUAUGCUGAAGAGUUCGAUGCCGAGCUGGUUAUGACUGUUUCUGAUUGGUAUCAUGAACAAGGAGCAAUCCUGCAACAAUAUUAUCUCUCACUGCCAGGAAACCCAAAUGCUAUUGAGCCAGUACCUGUUUCUGCUCUGAUGAAUGAUCAGGAAGAACCCACCUUUCCCGUCGAACCAAACAAAACCUAUUAUCUGAGGAUCAUCAAUAUGUCCGGAUACGCGCAAUUCUAUUUCCAUAUUGAUGCACAUAAUAUGACUAUCAUUGAAGCAGAUGGUGUCUAUUCUGUGCCUCAGACUGUUGAAGAUCUCUACAUUGCAACUGGCCAGCGUUAUGGUGUCCUCCUAGAAACAAAGCCAACUGCAGACCGGAACUUCGCAAUUCUAGGGGCAAUGGACCUGAAAGGUUUUGAAGGAUCUGUACCACCGCCACUUAACCCAAACGUGACAGGAGUGCUAGUUUAUAACAAUAAUCUUCCUCCCCCAUCAACUCCGUCCGUGGAAAGUUUUACGACAUUUGAUGACUUCUGCCUGGUUCCUUUCGACCAGAUGCCUCUACUCGGACCACCUGAUCGACAAAUUGUCCUCAAUUUGAGUGUAUUCUCCCAGCUAGUACCAGGAAACGAGCAAAAUCGGGGUGGAUUUAAUAAUAUCACGUAUAUAUCACAGAAGGUCCCAUCCCUAUACACUGCUCUGUCAGGUCAACAAGAUGCUCUGAAUCCGAUUGUAUAUGGAAAUCAUUCGAAUCCAUUUGUCCUCCAGCCAGUUGUUCUCAAAAAGGGCGACCUCGUUGAGAUUGUCAUAUACAAUUAUGAUACUGGAUUACAUCCGAUCCACAUCCACGGUCAUGCUGUUCAACUGGUUGCUCGCACAAAUAGCACCUGCAGCAAUAGCCCCAUCCCAAUGAGACGUGAUACAUGGAUGGAACCGCGCUGGAAUUCGUCAGACCCCAAUCAUCCCUCUACGGUGGUCCAGUUUCAAGCGAAUAACCCGGGCGUGUGGUUUUUCCAUUGCCAUAUGGAGUGGCAUUUGGUUGCGGUAAGGAUGAUUGCAUUUCUUUGCAUUUUUAGAGGAAACCGUUUCCCACGCUCGUUAGAGACUGACCCACUCCUGAACCAGGGAAUGGAUGUUAUCUUCGUUGAGGAUCCAUUGGCGAUCCAGAAGGGACAACCUGAUAUCCCGCUUUCAAUGAAGGAAAUUUGCGAGAAGCAGAACAUACCCCUCAAAGGCAACGCGGCUGGGAAUUAUAACGAUUUUCUGAACCUCACGGGAGAGAUUGAUAUAGCUCCUAUGGAAUGCGGGUAUGCCUUGUCUUCCUGA